AUAUGUGUCAACGAGCGUCAGUGUGCUGCCUUACAUCGUCGGACAUUACGGUCAAUCACGGUAACCAUCACGAUGCGAUGCGGCAGCGUGUACUACUGGCAUUGGACGGUCACCUGGUCCACGUUCGAAGCCAAUGAAUAUUGCCGCUACUCUUGAUAGUCUCGCUUCCGCUUUUCCCUUCUGUGUAGCUGCACUUAUGGCGAGGAAAAGAGGCCCCAAACGAGUGAGAGCAAUCGAAACCUCUUCCAAGCAGUUCGUUUCACCUUGCGCAGGCUAUGAAAAGCCGCCGCCAGGGGGCGACAGACCGCGCCUCAAGAUGGCGGCGUCCGCGAGAGUGGUCGACCCAGCGUCAUGGUCAAGAAUGCUAAGUAUAUUCCCUGGAAAGUUCUCGUUUGCCUUUUGCUAUGGCUCCGCUGCGUUUCCCCAAAAGGGCGUCACGCAGACGAAGAGCAACAUGCUGGACGUAAUCUUCGCCGUGGACGACCCGCUGUCGUGGCACAGGGAAAACUUGAAGCAGAAUUGGAGGCACUACUCCUUCCUGAGGUACGGCGGGCCGUACCUCGUGAACAAAGUGCAGAUGGACUUCGGCGCCUAUGUUUACUACAACACGUUCGUGCCGUACGAUGAUGGGUUGAUGAAGUACGGAGUCAUCAGCACAGACCGUCUUAUCACGGAUCUCCUGGACUGGGAGACACUAUACUUAAGCGGACGGUUACAUAAACCGGUUCGAAUCCUGCAAGAGCCAACAGCCGAGAUUAAGCGCGCCAUGAGCCUCAACUACAUGACGGCCAUACACACAGCGCUGCUCAUGCUGCCGGACAUCUUCACCGAGGAAGAGCUCUACCUCAAGAUUGCGGGGCUCUCCUACGUAGGUGACUUUCGGAUGAUUGUCGGCGAGGACAAGAACAAGGUGCCCAACAUUGUGGGUGCUCAGUUGAACGAAUUCCGCAAGCUCUACAACCCAUACUUGAAGCUCAUCAAGAUGGUCUCCUGGAAUGAAGCCACACAGACCUUCGAGCAAGAGCCAGGCCCAGAUGCCAAGCUGCACCACCUGAACCUGCUGCCCAAAUCCCUGCAGUCCCACCUGCUCAAAGUCUGGAACAAGGACGGCAGGCACCGUGACCUGGAGGACGUUCUCCAGGCCAUCGGACAUGACCCGCAUUGCAGCGUGUUCAUUGAGGAGGCCGUGGCAAGCAUCGUGUGGCGGUCAAGUUGGGGCCAAACUGCCAAAGGCAUUAUCACAGCUGGACUGUGGAGUGCAAUCCAUUACGGGAGCAAGAAAGUCAUCAAAAUGCUGAAAAGUUUGACCACAACGCAGCCAAGUCUCAAGACGUAACGGUCCCUCAUAGAUGGGAGUGCACCACCAUUGUUUCCAGUCUUCAUUCGGAGCACCAACAGCACAUACCAGAGCACUUCAGCAUGUUGGCCAUUCAUCGCCUCGUUAGUUGUUGUUUUGUUGCCACACAGCUGUGAUAGUCCACAUACUUGCAACGUAGUCAAGCCACCAGCCCAUCACAGAGACACUGCCGUAUAAUGGGACAUCUCUCCACGUUUCAUUGCUUUGCAUGUACAGCGAAUGGUUCGGUCAUAUAAAGAUUAGCGUUCUAAACAAGAGGGCACAAUUUUGCACGCACCAUAUUAAAAGGGUCCUGCUACGUAGGCGAGCGAAUUGUGCUCGGAUUAUAGUUUUAGCCCCGGAAACGUGCAUACCGUGCUUUUCUUAUUUGGGUGGUGUGCAGUUUUCAGACGCUUUGGGUGAGAAGAUUGAAGUGAUUAGCAACUUAUUUCUUGCACGCUGUGCUGUGCAUGAAGAAUAAAGUUGCCCCAAUUUCAGAGUCA